UGUGGUUGAGCCGGGCCAAACUAGUGAAUACUGGCAAGCAGGUAGAUAAGGGAUGUGAAAGUUGAAGGCGAGCGUCCCUAAAAUUACGCACAACAUGCUCAUUCCAUCGUGAGUGAGUCAUUUCUGCACUUGUUCGCCCUCGACUGCAGCCCGGGAGGGGAUUACUGGGGAGCAAUGGCUGGAAAGCGGACUCGGAAGAGCCGAAAUGGAAGAGCCCGUCAUCCAUUAAUACCGCUCCCUCCUUGUGGCGGCCCAAAGCUACACCCCUUUAAACACCAAAAAGCGCCAAUAGAGUGGCUAGAGAGGCUUGAUGCAGACCGUGCAAACGAGUCCGGGGCAGAAGGUUGUGUCUUCAAAGUGAGAAUCCAGUCUCAACUCUACGCCCUCAAAGUGUUCAAAUUCUUUGAUCCCUCAACUACCGACUACUACUGGGGCAACUUACUAGACAACUCGGUGCCUCUCUCGGAUGUUAUUUUCCACACCGAUCCUUUCUAUGCCGAGUGCCGUGCCUACGGAAGGAUCAAGCAGGCCCAGGGAAACCGGCGAGGAAAGCGGGAGGUCGCGGUCCCAUGCCAUGGAUACCUGUUCCUACAAGAGCGAGAUAUGCAAAUUCUUCGAGACCAAGGAGUCGAUCUGGAUGAAGAUGCUGUGGACGAUGAGUUACUCCGCGUUAAUCAAGAAAACGGUCGCGCCCGAGCGAUCAUUAAGGACUUCGUACCAGGAGACGCAGGAGUCAACGUUGGAAACCUCCGCGAGAUCCUUCGCGAUAUACGCGCGCUAAACAAGCUCGGCAUUUACGUUAGUGACGUCCGGACUGACAACUUCAAAGCGGGGAAGAUUGUCGACUUCGGCUUGUCUAGUACGGAGCCGCACUGUAUCAUGAAGGCGUUGGAUGAAGUGGGGCUGAGGGAUUUGAAGUUGGAAGAUUUGGUGAUGUUUGAUGAGAUGGUUGUCGAAGAAGGGUUGGUUACCACGGUCAGGGCCAUGCCCAAUAUGGAGUAUUGUUCAAAGCUGCGGUCUUGGUCAAAGUACUAAUUGCGUUAUGUUCCUACCUAAGAUGUUGGAGCCGGAAAUAUGCCUUGUAUACAUGGUAAUUAUGCUAUACACCCUUGUUGAUGACUGGUAAAUGUAGUACAUGGUAAUACGC